UUCCAAGAGAGUGUUGAUGUCAUUAUAAGAGACAUGGCUGAGGUCCUGAUACCUCUCAGGACUGCUUGCGGAUACCUUGGCUCAGACAAGAUCACUGAAAGGAAGAAACAAAUAGAUAUUGUGAAGAAGGAGCUGAACAAGAAGACGGUUCAACUACAGCUUGACAAACAUACACUUGAAGGGAAAAGUAAUUUCACAUGGCAGGAAGUCUUCAAAUGUGUCUGGGCCUACAUUGUCAAAGAAAUUGAACUCUUGAAAGGCAAAGGUGCAAGUAGUUCUCGUACAAGCACCACAAACCAGACAAGGAAGAGAGAAGUACGGUCAACACUGAAAUGGAUUGUGGGUGUGGCAAAUGGACGUGGUCCCAAACUAUCUGUUGUAAAGCUGGUCAAGAAGAUGAUUUUUUUGCUGAAGGAUGAUUUCACCGGUCCUGAGUUUGGAGCUGAUUGUUGUUCCAUCAUAACUAGGGAUGUCCUGGGCUGCCAGAAGUACUGGCAUGAAUUGGACCAACGCACAUGGAUUGAGCUCAUCGAGACAGUCACUAUGGCAAUCCAUCAUACUGACCAAGGUGUGAGCCUUGAUCCCCAGGCUAGAGCUGUUCAGUCUCUGGUUGCCGGGGCAACCAUUCAAGGAGCUUUACCAACGAGCUAUCUCUUUAACUUCUUCGGGAGCAUGCUCAAAAGAAUCAGAACGGAGCGAAGCACCACGGUGAUCUCCUGCACCCUAUCAGCUCUGAACAUCUUCAGUCUCCACGUAGCACCUGAUAGAAGACAUCAUCUGUGUAAGCUGGGUGAAGAAUCCUUGACAUGCCUCUUAUUGGCAUGGAGAAGCAAUACAGCCCAAGCUAUCAGGGAUGAAUUGGUAACCUUCCUGAGGCUUCAGAUGAGCGUCCAUCACCCAAAGGGUGUCAUGACAGAGGAGCAGGGAGCCUAUGCUGGAGACUUUGACCAAUGGAAAAAUCAGUUGACAAGUCUGUACGAAGAGCUGGUAAGAGAGUGGAGACAAGAAGGUUCCAAACUCAAACUCAAAGGAGCAGGAAAGCGGGAUGUUAACUUCAAGCAGGACCUUGUGGAGCUUGCAGCCGAUGUUUGCCAUCAGAUAUUCAAUGCAGGCUUGGUAUCGUACGAGGUGAGCCUACAAGGCAGUCAGGUGCCCUCCACCAGCAGACUGAUGAGUAGUCAGAUGAGGCUAACCAGUCAGGUGACCACGCCAUCCAAGAGAAGACGUCUAGAGUCUGGAUGGGAGCUUCUCAGGGAGUACAUCUCUCAACCACUGCAGCAUGCUUCCAUCAUUCCAUGGUUACAGCUACUUGCAGCAAUAGUAACAAAGUAUCCUAAAGACCUCCCGGAAGAAGAGUAUGCCCUCUUUGUUUCAGCCUUGCACAACCUCCAGGCCCACAGCAAGAGGUCCCAGUUACAGAGCCAUGUGUUGAGAUGUCUUCAGUGUAUAGCAGCUAGCCAGGAAUCAAGACAAAAGUUCUCACAGCAUACCAAAGACCAGCUCAGCAGAGAAUGGAGUAAAGUAUGGAGUGCAACUAUCAGAACAAUCUGCCUUCAUUCUGCUGAGGAUGAGGGAUUUGACCUCUUGACCUCUUUAGUGCAUCAUGGGAUUGUGAAGCCUGAUAAGGAAGUCUGGAAGCUCUUUUUGCCAGAUGUUACACAGCCUUCAAGGUGUUCUGUGACCUUCCUGUUGACCCUGUUGACCUCUCACCCCAUUCCUGAGAACCAUGUCUGCCAAGUGGGCUUGCUAGCCUCUUUGACAGGUGUUCAGAGGGGCCAGUAUCCACUCAGACACCAGCUACUCAACUGGAUCUUGCCUGCAGAAGAAGUAGAAGAUGCUGGAGAAAGACUAGCAGUCACACCUCUUAUAUUGAAAAGUGUUCCAAGGGACCUGCUGGCCAGUCUCCUGACAACCUUGUUCACAAAAAACUGCAGAGGGCAGCAGCUUGGCAUUGCGUUCGCUGCUCGACCAAACCCAGAGAAUGGCUCCUCUCGUCUGAGCUUCAUAGAGGAAUUAUACCUCAGAGCUUCCUUUCACAUUCCACUAACCAAGGACUCGCAAGUGAAUGCCGUAGAGCAUGACACAGCAAGAGCGUUCUCUACGGAGGGUGCAGUGAUCAUGAUGGUCGUCCAGAGUGUCUCGGAGAGGUUGGGACACGUGGUCAAACUUGUGACCGACUCCCAGUGCAAGGAGGUGGAUCACUAUGAGAUGUCAGGUCAGCUAGCUUGUAUGUUGUGUAGAGUCUUGGAAAGAACUAUCAGAUACAGCGAGAAGACAGCGAGAGAGGCAAUGAAAGUACCACUCAAGAAACACAUAACGGUUCUCCUGAAGAGAUUUGCAUUGGGCUUCAAGGUGCUUGAGAUCCAGUCAGACCUUACACCAGACAGUUCCAUCAGCCGAGCGCACUCCCUCAAGUCACUCUGCUCUGUGCUGUUACCCCUGUAUGCAUGCCAGCCUGGACAGCAGGGGGAGGCAGGACAAAUGGUGGCAAGCCUUGUGAGAUCAUGCACACCUGCUGAGCUGCUAGACGCUUUGCUGGACGUGCUACAUAAAAGGGGGUCGUGUCAGAAGCAGGGGUCAAAGGUCACCAAUCAUCAUGACCCCUUUGGGGAUUCCAUGGAGCUUGGAUCCGAUGACGAGUUUCCGAGCACGCAGCAGGCCCAGGGUGACCUGGAUGAUGAUUUUGGUGAGGUCACCACCAUCUCGGCUCAAGCGACCACCGGCACCUCCGAGAAGAAGAGACACAAGUCCAGAGAAGAUUCCAUGACAGGUACGCAUAGCAUGCUUUCCAUUGAAUCUCUUCCACAUGAAGAACAGCUAGCUAUCUCCAGUGCUAAGGUCUUGUCAUCAUGGUGCUGGUCAUGUGACUUCAGUGAUCAGGUGACCAGUGAGGCCAGAGACAAUAGGACUGCUGUCACACAGAGGUUGCUCAAGAUGUUUGAUGAUGGAGAGGAUCAGGAUUUGACAAAUUCCUAUGAAGUCCAGUUGUUCUUUGCUGUGGUAUCCAGUCUAAGAGAAGAGACUAGCCAUAUUCAUGAUGAUGAACUCCAUGGUAUUCUGCUGGUAUGGAGAGAGCUGGUAUCAGUGAACCGUAAGGUGCAGGAAGUGUGCGCAGAAGCAAUGGCAUUCCUGAGGGCCAUCACUCCUCACCUAGCAAUGAGUGGAAGUGAUGAUGGGAUGGUAUCAUCUGAUAUCAAAGUAUGCAGGGAUGUUGCUCUGCUCCUACUAGCUGCCUUCUGGCAGCUGCAGGCAACCUACUCCACUCCAGUCAAACACCAGAUGGCGCUGUGCAUACAAGCGCUCAUAAAAAUUGACCCAAACAGCCAAUGGACUUUCAUCAAAGCCAAAGGUCGUGAGAAAGGUCAUGGGGACUCCAAUGAGGGGUCAGAGGUUGCGACCUUGUUCCCACAUCUCCUUCAGGAUAACACCCAUGAAGUGAGGAUGCACAUGGCCACAGCAGUGGGGUGCCUGUUCAAUACGCCAGGUACCCAACCUUACAAGACAGAAACACAGAACCAAGCUUUCAAUCUGGUUUAUCAGUCUGUAGAGGAGGCUAUGCAAAUAUCAGAUGACUUUGGAGAAGCAGAGUCAAAGGAGGAAAACAAGAAUAGGACAGCCAGUCUUCUACUUACGUUAGCAAAUGUCGCCCUCAGCAGUCACGUCUGUGAAAAGAAGACCAUCUUUGCCUUGCUCCUCACGACGAAGAUCAACAGGAUCCCAUCAUCGGUGAUGAAAAAGGUGUUGAGCUGUAUAGCUGAGGGUAUGUCUCACUGUAGCAGUGGAUCAGAGCUAGCCAUAUUACACCUCGGUUUCCUAGUGUAUCAAUGGCUGCAGGAGAGCUAUGAAAUUAGGGAAUUCCCCUACGGUGUUCUUGGCUGCUCAUCUUUGCAGGAGUUCUUGAGCAAGCACCAUACGGCCAUCAUACCUCACCUGGUCAACAUGAAGAAGCUGGACAUGGUCAAGUCCAUCGCAGGAGAGCUGAAGCAAGACUGGAAGGAUCUCCUCAAGUCCUCCUUUCCUCGGACCAUCGCCAGUCUUCUGCCGCUCCUGGCACAGUCCAGGGAGAAUAGCGAGAGGGCGGAAGAGGAGAAGGAGAGAGCAGCCUGGGCAGUGCAGUGCUUGGAGGAACUAAAGCAGGCUAUAGGACAGGAGACCCUCAAUGCCUGGAUCCAGUCCCAUUUGGACUUGAUAGUGGUGGAGCUCCUCACCAUGCUGUAUGAGCCUUGGACAGAGACUAGCCAGAGUUCAAGGUUCAUGACCCCCAGUGACCCUGAGCCUGACCCACCCUUCUUCACAUCGUACAUGAUCAAGGCCACCUUGGAUCAUCUGACGACCUGCCAUGCCGGCGGUAGGUCUCUGACCCUCAUCUCACUCCUGGCAAAGACACAUGACAGUAUCCAGAAAGUUCUCCUAGAGCUACACCUGCGGAUGUGGCGAUGUCGGCAGCCCUACGAGAGACGACGUCUCCUGCUGGGGUAUCGCUUGUUUGGUCUUCUCCUGAUCAAGGAGCUCCACACCAAGCUAGGCGGAUCCUGGGUGUACGUCCUGCAGGACUUGAUCUACACGCUGGUCCAUACCAUCCAUCAGCAUCGGGCGGGGGAGGGCAGGUCAUCGGUGAUGGAGGGAUCAUCAUCCUUGGUGCUUCCUUGCCUGGAUCUGUUGAGACAUAUCAGUGAGGCAGCGGUGGUGCAGUGCUCAGAGGAGUUCAGCAAACACAUAGAGGUGAUCCUAGGAGCAGUAGUCCCAUUGGUCGGCAGUAGUCAUGAUGAUGUCAGCAAGCAGGCACUGUCACUGGUAGAGUUCCUGGUCGUUGAGAACCAUGGGAAGCUGCAGGCAGCACUCCUGGACACCAACCCUCUCCCUGACAAGGCUGAACUGAAGAAAGCUAGGAGAGUCCUGGAAAAGAUCAAGAACAAACAGGAAGAUGCCAACUUGUUGGCUGAGAUCAACCAUUUUCUAAUGAGGGGUGGUCAGCAUUGUAAGAAUCACACCUUGGAGGGACUAAACAGCUUGCAUCAUGAGCUUGCUUCAAGAAAAGCUGAGCUUGCUAUGCUGGUCUCCAUGUGUGCAGAGAGUGCAUCAGAUAGCGUUCUUCCACAACUCAUCUGCGAGCUGGUGUCACUCUGCGGCAGUAACCAUAGCAACCAAGAUGGACAAGCUUCAGCAUUGCAGAAAGCAGCAGGCCAAUGCCUCGGUGAGAUCGGAUCACCUGAUCUGUCGGUCAUCGCUCUCAAGAAAUGGGGAGGAGGAGAGCAAAGUGCCAGCUACUCUACGGCUGUUAAGAGAUUCAGUGAUAACAACGACCGCAUCAGCUGCAGGAAUUCAGUUAUCCUUCAUCUACUCAAAGAAUACCUCACAGAUCCAUGUGUUGAUGUAGUAGCUGCCUCUGCCAAGUGCUUGAAGAUGGUGCUAGGUACAAGGAGUGGACAGACCUUCUACGAGCAGUACAGAGACCAGAACAUUGACACUUUGCUGGCUUAUCUAUAUCCCUUCAAAACAUCCAAGAAUAAGAUCAUCAAACUGCCCGCCAUCGACAGCUGUGAUGAAGCCUUCAUGAGGCAUGUCGGUGAGGAGUCGCUAUGGCAACCGGUGAAAGGAAGUCAUGAGGAAUGGUUGAAGGCCCUGACUGUGGCUUUAAUCAAGAGCGGUGGGGUGAGGGAUGAGAUCCUCAGACUGCUAGAACCUAUCUGCUUGGCCAAGGUUGAGUUUGCUGAGCGGGUAUUCCCCUACCUCAUCCACGACAUCCUUACAGCUGAUAACAAUGUCUACAGGCAGAUCCUCUCUGAACAGAUCAAAAGAGUGUUCAGUGCAUUCACAGAGUCCGUCAGCAAUAGCCGUGCUCCUACACCUAUGCCAGGCUCACUAGACCAGAGAAACCAAGGUCUAGGUCAAAGGUCAAUCAAGACUCUGCUUGACACAAUCCACUACCUUAGAACGCAAGAGAGGUCCAGUAGGACAUCUCGCUUCACUCCAUGGGACAACAACUUCUGGUUGGAAGUGGACUACCUUCAGAUGGCUAAAGCUGCUCAGAUGUGUGAGGCUCACUUCACCUGCUUACUCUACUCUGAAAUAUGGUGCAAUGAACAAAGGAUGACCAAUCCACCCGCACGGAACGGAGGAGCCAUAGAAACCUUCAGCCAGGAUUCCCAGGACUCCGCCUCCCUCGCAUCCAUCUCCAUGGUAACGGGUAUCAACCUCCAGACUCUUCUGAUGGAGGCGUUCGGGAGCAUAGGAGAACCAGAUAGCGUGUAUGGGUGUGGAGCCGGCAGGCUGGUGGAUACUAAUGCAAGGAUCCAUACCUAUGAGCAUGAGGGUGAGUGGGGGAAGGCACUGGCAGCGUAUGAUCUACAGAUGCAGUCAUCAAGCUCAGAGGCCACACAGCUUGGUCUUUUAAAGGCGAUGCAGAACUUUGGUCUAUCUGGGAUCCUGCAGACCUAUCUAGCUGGACAGAAGGCCCAGGGCCAGCAAUGUGAGGGAGACCAAGCUCUACUUGAAUAUCAGUAUGAAGCAGCUUGGAGGAAUGGAUUAUGGGACCUGGAUCUAGAAGAAAGCUCUGUAGAGGGUUCCUUGGGUUACCAUGAGAAUGUCUUCCGAGCGCUGUGCAGUCUGAAGACCAGAGAUCAGUCCUCGUACCAGGUAGCCGUGGAGAGAGCAACGGCAGGACUCACCCACCUCCUGGCUCACGUGAGCCUGGAGAGCGUGCAGAGGAUCUACCCUCUGGUAACAAGUCUGAGGGGGCUACAGGAGAUCAGCAACGUUGCCCCUUUCAUACUCAGACACAGGACAGACAGUCUACCUAUAUUUGACGCAUGGACAUCACAGCUCCCCCUCAUGAACAACAGCUUUGAGUUCAGUGAACCCACCUUGGCCCUCAGAUCAAUCCUCUCUUGUCUAGUGCCUGAUGCGAUGGACGGAGAUCAGCGUAGAAUGCUGCAUGAUGGGAUUGCAAGCCACCUCAAGACACAGAUUCAGUGGGCUAGAGAUGCUGAAAGGUUUCAGGUUGCUGAGAGAGCUCUAGUUCAUCUGAAAGAAUUGGAGCAGAAGACGGACCAGAACACUGUACUAGAGGGGUGUUUAAGUUCUCUAGAAGAGGCGCAACUCUUCUGGGCUAAAAAUGAGAGGACCACAGCAUUACAUCUCAUGAAAGCUCUCAUUGAUAAGUUAUCAAAGUCCCAGGAUUCCAGUCACUACAAGAUCUAUGCCACAACACUCAGUAUCCAUGGCAACUGGCUAGCUGAAACCAGGUCACAGAGCCCUAAUGUCAUCAUGGAGGACUAUUUGGAAAAGGCGUUCACCAUCUUCCAUGAGAAACAAGAUAUGAGUGCUGAAGCAGUCAAUGCCUACCACUCCCUAGCCAGGUUUGCUGAUGCUCAGUACCAACGCCUUGUGGAAUACAUGAAGUCUAAAGACUAUGAAGAUAAGAGGAAGCUGAUGAAAACUUCACUGGAGAAUGUUGAGAAGCUGAGGAGCAUUGGCAUCGGCAGCUCAGAUAGGUUUUACCGAAUCCAGGCUAAGCAGUUGGCCAUAGACAAGAAGGAGGUAGAGUCCCUGAGGGAAGAUCGUCAAACCUUCCUAGCGCGUGCCAUGGAAUGCUACCUGCACUGCCUAGAGGCCUCCGACCAGUCCCAGGACACCCGAGUCUUCCGGCUCUGCUCCCUCUGGUUCGAGAACGGCACGGACGUCCAGAUCAGCCUCCUGCUGGAAGACACCAUCGGGAAGAUUGAGAGCAGGAAGUUCUUGCCUAUGAUGUACCAGCUAGCUGCUAGGAUGACCACCAAGGUCCAAGGCAAGGAGCAGUUCUACACCAUCCUGACUGGUCUGAUAGAGAGGGUGGCAGCGGAUCAUCCUCACCAUGCUCUACCGGUCAUCCUGGCACUGGCCAACGCUAACCUGGACACUGUCAUCAACUCCAAGAAGACAAAACUGGGUAGGAGUAGUGGAGGAGGAGACCUCUCUCAAACAGACAAGGAUCGCAUGCAAGCAGCUGUAGGCAUGAGAGACAGACUGAUGGCCAAGACGCCUUGCUGUGACAUCAUACCUGCCAUGAACAAGCUCUCAGAGGCAUACAUCAAGAUGGCCUAUUGGGACAUGUCAUCAAAGAAAUCGGAAACAAGGCCCAUUUCUAUAGCCUCCAACCAGCCCCUCCUUCAUCUGAAAUCCCUGCAUCAUGUAGCAGUACCCACUCUGGAACUCAAGGUGGAUGCAUCCUGUUGCUAUGACGACAUAGUGUAUGUUGAAGGCUUUGAGCCCACCUUCAAGCUUGCUGGCGGUGUCAACCUUCCUAAGAUCAUCACCUGCAGAGGGUCAGAUGGGGUCAAGCGAAGACAGCUGGUCAAGGGUAAAGACGAUUUAAGGCAGGAUGCUGUUAUGCAGCAGGUCUUUGGUCUGGUGAACCAGCUGCUCAGUAAGAGCACAGAGACAAAGAGAAGGAAACUACAAAUCCGGAGAUACAAGGUUGUUCCUUUGUGUCAGAACACUGGUUUGUUAGAAUGGUGUGAGGGGACUAUGCCUAUCGGUCUCUAUCUCAUAGGAGACGCAAAGAAAGAUCUUGGUGCUCAUGCAAGCUACCGGCCGGGGGACUGGAAGACAAAAACAUGCAGGGGAAAGAUGGCUGCUGCCCAUCAGUCUGGUGAUAACAACCAGAAGUUCAGGGAUUUCACGACCGUGUGUCGUAACUUCCAGCCCGUCUUUCAUCACUUCUUCUUGGAGAGGUUCCUCGAUCCAGCCGAUUGGUUUGAGAAGAGACUCAGCUAUACUCGCAGUGUUGCCACAGGAUCUAUAGUUGGCUACGUCGUGGGGCUUGGAGACAGGCAUGUGCAGAAUAUCCUGAUUGACUGCAACACUGCAGAACUUGUUCACAUCGAUCUUGGUAUUGCCUUUGAGCAGGGUCGUAACCUCCCAACUCCAGAGACAGUUCCAUUCCGUCUGACAAGAGAUCUAGUAGAUGCUAUGGGUGUAGCUGGUGUAGAGGGAGUCUUUAGAAGGUGUAGUGAGAAGACUAUGGAGGAGAUGCACAACUCAAGGGAAGCCCUUCUUACAGUGGUUGAGGUCCUUCUCUAUGACCCUCUCUACACCUGGACCAUGUCUCCAGCCAGAGCCCUGGAGCUGCAGGCGCUAGACCGUACAGAAAUGGGAGACCAGUCUGAACUCAACACCACUACAGAUGGUCAUCAAGAUAUCCUGCAUCCUACCAAUGGAGCUAGUAGCCCUACAACCUCUAGGGAGGAGGUCAACCAGGUUGCUGAGAGGGUGCUGCUACGGCUGAGGCAGAAGCUUGGUGGGGUCGAGGACGGGGUCACGCUGAGCGUAGCAGGUCAGGUUAGUCUACUCAUCCAAGAGGCAAGAGACCCCAAGAACCUCUCCAGACUGUACCCAGGGUGGUCGCCAUGGCUUUAAAGGGGACUGUUCAACCUUCAGUACUUGCCAAGGAGAUGUUAUAACCAUUAAAGUCCCUGAUAUCUGAGGCUGCUCUUGGACAGAACGAAAUAGUAGUCUUUGACUCUUAGAUCUAAAUGAUUUAGAAAGAAGUUUCGUUGAUCUCGUCAUGCAGGGAGCAAGAGACUUGUAGCAUGCUUGAAUGAUACAUUGCUGCUAGGACACCAACUGAGUUUAUUGUCCUAUCUUUAAGAAAUGAAAUUAAAUGAAAAGCUCAUGCCUUGAACAUAUGUAUGUGCCUUGUCCUGUAUGAAAUACAAUUUACACCCAUCAACUAGAGUAACAAACAAAAAAAAUUGUAUUUUGAAUGUAGUCAUGAAUCUUGGUUGUGACAGAAAACAAAUUGUCACAGAAUCAAUUGAACGUAUAUGAAUUGUUCAAAACUCCAAAUAAUUUUAGUGGAAAAUGUAUUAAAGCAUUAAAUUAAUGAGAAGAUAGAGACAAGGAAAUUGUGUGCCUGUUGUUCUGGCAAAUCGAAAGACAUUGCCAAUUAAUUUUACUUUUUAUAAUAUUGAUAAACGAUGUACAUGUAAGGUCACUUAUACUAAUCUACGUAUCAUGUGAGAUAUUACGUAUUCACUUCAAUUUCUUGAAAUGUGAGUCAGUAGGUUGAUGGAAAUAGCUAUGUUCAUGUUGUCAUAAAUAUUCAGUAUGAUACAAGUGGUUUGAAAUGUGAAACACUGUUGUAUUCAUCCAAUUCAUAAAGCAAGUUUUCAGUUUCUCUGAUUUGGGGGUUAUUUUAAAGGGAUACGGUAACUCAGAUUCUGAAACAAAAUUCUGGAUUCAGCUCAUGAUGCAAUGAUAAUUAUAAACCUUAAGGUCAGUCAGGAAGCCCAUCGCCUGUCUAAUUAUCGAGA